UGCGGGCGGCCUGAGGGGUGGGGGCUGCGGGGCAGACCCCGCGCAGCUGCCCCCGACCUUCAGACUGCGGAGUUAGGGGGACCCCGCCGGGUGAGCAGGCCAGGGGCGCCUCUGCCCAGCAGGCCUAGUGAGCAGCCGGCUUUAGGGGACACGGUGCAGUUGAGGGGGGCUUGGAGGUGGAGACCGUGGACAGGUGGUGUCAGGCCUGCAGUGAGGUUUUCCGUGGGAAAACUGGUUCCAAAUGUAUUCCUAAAGAAUUGUCCUGUAGAAGCUGUGCACGGGCUUCAAGUCACACGGGUCCCCUCUGCUUCUUUCCCGUCCCAGACCUCAGGUAGUGAUGGGCUUGGACUGGCCGUCAUCGAUAUGCAGAGCAGGUGGAUGGCUCGCCCCUUUUCCCCAACCUUGAGCUCUUUAAAAAGUUCUCCGAGUUUGUUCGAAGUAACAGAUUUGCUGUUGUUUUUGAGAGUCACUUCAGUCAUUACAGCUUGUGUAAUAUCAAUGACUAAUAUACUGAGGCUUUUUUUUUUCCCUGUAAAAGUUAGAAGUUUGACCUGUGUUUUUGCUCAGGAUUCAAGUCAUUGCAUCUAGCUCCACUCUUUUAUGGCAGUCCCAAACUGGUGCCCAAUUGGUAAGGUCUCUAGGUCAGCUAUUUCUGUUUGUGUGUCUGGCAGAGAGCACCAGGAAUUCCUGACUUUGUGGUCUAUUCCUGUGUUUCAGGGUCUCUUCCCCAUCCCUACGAAUUCUGGGCUCAGAAUUUGUAAGGAAGACAGCUGACUCCUCCUUGCCUCUGUUCAGCCCCUGGCUGCAGCAGCCCUCCUUAAAUGUCUUGGUGGCUCUAGCAUGUGACUUCAAGCACUUGGCUCUGACCUGGAGAAAUAAAGGCUGUUGCCAGAUUGACUCUCCUGUUUGUAGCAAUGUUCUCCCCAAGCAGGAGGAAGACCAGUUCUUCUCGCGCCCAAGUCCUGCUAACAUGGAAGAUGGACAAGGCUCAGAGCGGACCCCGAAAUGCUGAGAAGGAAAUCCUCGCCUUGAGACUCCUGCGUGACACUGAGACCUGUCGGCAGAAUUUCAGGAACUUCCCGUACCCAGACCUGGCUGGUCCUCGGAAAGCCUUGAACCAGCUCCGAGAGCUCUGCCUUAAGUGGCUGAGACCCGAGAUUCACUCAAAGGAGCAAAUCCUGGAGCUGCUGGUUCUGGAGCAGUUCCUGAGCAUCCUGCCUGGGGAGGUUCGGACGUGGGUGAAGUCCCAGUACCCAAGGAACAGUGAGGAGGUGGUGACACUGGUGGAGGACUUGACUCAGAUUCUGAAAGAAGAAGCUGCUCCUCAGAACUUCACCCUUUCCCAAGAGACCCCAGAGGACGACCCCAAAGGACGACAAGGUUUCCAGGCAGGGUGGUUCAAUGACUUGGUUACCAAAGAAUCUAUCACAUUCAAAGAUGUGGCGGUGGACAUCACCCAGGAGGACUGGGAGCUCAUGCGUCCUGUGCAGAAGGAAUUGUACAAGACCGUGACACUGCAGAACUACUGGAACAUGGUUUCUCUCGAUGAAAGGUUUCAAAGUGAAAGGUCAUCAGGAACCACGAUGCACGGCCCCCCAGGACCACCACCCCAUGCCUUGCCCAACGCCUGCCUCCCCGACAGUCUCUGCACACGCAUCCUCCAGGGUGGUGGGAGAUUUUUGUCCCUGCUUCAAAAGGGCAGUGACCUCAUUCAUGAGAUCGUGUCUGUGAACCGUUCUUUUCCUGUAAGAGGACUUACAGUGUAUAGACCAACUGUGAUCCCCAUGUUGGAAGAACCGUGGAUGGUGCUAAAAGAAAUUCUAGAAGGCCCAAGUCCAGAAUGGGAAACCAAAGCCCAAGAGUGUACUCUGGUGGAAAAUGUUUCUAAACUCAAAAAGGAUGGAAUCAAGCCCAUCAAACUGGAAGAACCCUCUGACUAUGAUGACAGAAUGGAGGGGCAAGUGGCAGAGACCUACAGGAGAAUUCCCACCAAAAGGAGACAUUUCAGUGUGAAGUCAGUCCUUUCACAAGAAGGUAGUUCUGUAGAAGACUAUAAAUAUGAUAUAUAUAGAAGUGAUUUUGAAAAGCAUUCAAACCUAAUUAUGCAGUUUGGUACCCAGUCAGACAAUAAAACUUUCAUGUACGAUGAAGACAAGACCUUCAUCCCCGGCAUCGUGCACAGGAAAAUAUACCCUGGAGAGAAGCCUUACAAGUGUAAGGUGUGUGGGAAGAGGUUCAGGAAGUACCCAUCCCUCAUCGCACACCAAAACAGCCAUGCCAAAGAGAAGUCUUACGAAUGUGAAGAGUGCGGCAAGGAGUUCAGACACGUCUCAUCCCUCAUCGCACAUCAGAGGAUGCACACGGGAGAGAAACCCUAUGAAUGCCACCAGUGCGGGAAAGCCUUCAGCCAGCGUGCCCACCUUACCAUACACCAGCGGAUCCACACUGGAGAGAAACCCUACAAGUGUGAUGACUGUGGGAAAGACUUCAGCCAGCGUGCUCACCUCACCAUCCACCAGAGGACACACACGGGAGAGAAACCCUACAAGUGCUUGGAAUGCGGUAAAACCUUCAGCCACAGCUCAUCUCUCAUUAAUCACCAGAGAGUUCAUACUGGAGAAAAACCUUACAUAUGCAAUGAAUGUGGGAAGACCUUUAGCCAGAGCACACACCUCCUCCAACAUCAAAAGAUACACACAGGAAAGAAACCAUAUAAAUGCAAUGAGUGCUGGAAAGUAUUCAGUCAGAGCACUUACCUUAUUCGACAUCAGAGAAUUCACUCUGGAGAGAAGUGUUACAAAUGCAACGAAUGUGGAAAAGCCUUCGCUCAUUCCUCCACACUUAUUCAGCACCAGACCACUCACACUGGAGAGAAGUCCUAUAUAUGCAGCAUAUGUGGGAAAGCCUUCAGCCAGAGUGCAAACCUCACCCAGCAUCACAGAACACAUACUGGGGAGAAACCCUAUAAGUGCAGCGUGUGUGGGAAAGCAUUCAGCCAGAGCGUUCACCUUACUCAGCACCAGAGGAUUCACAAUGGAGAAAAACCGUUUAAAUGCAACAUAUGUGGGAAAGCAUAUAGACAGGGUGCAAACCUUACUCAGCAUCAAAGGAUUCACACUGGAGAGAAACCCUACAAAUGCAACGAGUGUGGGAAGGCAUUCAUUUAUUCCUCAUCACUUAAUCAGCAUCAGAGAACUCAUACUGGAGAGAGACCCUAUAAAUGUAAUGCAUGCAACAAAGAUUUUAGCCAGAGAACAUGCCUUAUUCAGCACCAGAGGAUUCACACAGGAGAGAAGCCCUAUGCAUGCCGCAUAUGUGGCAAAAGCUUCACCCAGAGUACCAACCUCAUCCAGCAUCAGCGCGUCCACACAGGUGCCAAAAAUCGAAACUAAUGCAUCCGGGAGACUGCACAUAGGUUUUCAAACCUAAUCGUUCUACAUUUUAUUUUGUACUCUGCUUGUUGAAAACAUUAUUCAAAAGAAGUGCAAUAUGGGUUAGAUUUUCACUCAGCAGAAGUAUCGGAAUUAGUGAUGGGAGUAUAACCUAUUUAAAUGUACUGUGAAAUUUCAGAUGAAAACAUUUGCUUCAUAAUAACCUUUAUUUGAUACUGGUUUAGUUCAUUCCAGAAAGAAACCGUAGGAAAGGAAGAGUGCCAGAAACCUGUUAGCCACUAACUCAGACGGAGUUUCAAGUACUUCUUCAUGAGGCCUUAAGAAUGUACUGUAACAGGAAGGCUUCCAUCCAGUAGAGCUUCCACACCAGAGGGUAAUCCCAGGGUGACAGAACAGAAGAGCUGCCCUCCAGCCUUUAGUUCUUCCCAGAUUUGAAGCCUUAAAUAUGUAAAGGGCCCCCUUCCCUUUUCUUGUUAUGCCAUAACUGCACGUGAAGCCAGUAGGUUUGCCAAAAAAGAAAACGGUUGAAAGUAUCUUAAGGAAGGACUUCUGUGUGACCACUGUUUAAUUAUGCUUUCCUCUAAAUACUGAGAUGUUAAAGGAAGAGCAGCCUAGUGAAAGAUGAUCUGUUAGGAGAAGCUAAUGUGUCUGUAACCCUUAGACACGUGCACAAAUUUUCUUAUACAGGCAAAAAUUAAAAUUUAAACAAUUUAAAAUUUAAAUAUGUUUAGUAUCUAAAACAUAACAGCCUGAGUCUCACUAGCUUUUGACAGGCUUCCCAAGUGACUCAGUGGUAAAGAAUCCGCCUGCCAAAUAGGAGACACAGGAGACAUGGGUUCGAUCCCUGGGUUGGGAAGAUCCCCUGGAGGAAAUAGCAACCCACUCCAGUAUUUUUGCUCCAGGCAAUGGGGUUGCAAAGAGUUGGACACAACUGAGCACGCACUAGCUUUCGACAGCUGUCAUCCAGAAGAAAAAAAAGAAUACAGGUCUUUUUUUUUUUCUUUCCCCCAUCUGAUUCCUAAAUUCACAGUUCCUCUUUUUUCCCCUGACUCCUAAAAUCAUACCCUAAGGCUCCCCCAUGACAGUCUUACUGUAGAAAGUCCAUUUCUUCCUUUGAAACAUGUUUCUUGAGUGCCUACUGUGCUCAGGGCCCAGACCUCCUAGUUGGAUCCUUCCAGGGCUUACCUGCUGAAAGUCACAGCUGACUGAAGCAACAGAAAGCUUUCUAAAAUAAUGAAAGGUAACAAAAUCAAGGACGUGAUCUUAACCGGUGCUUCAUGGAAUGAACCUAGGAAACCUGCUGAAAUGGGUUGCUAAAUGCAACCCCGUUAUCUUAAGAAAGUAAUGAAUGAAAGCAGCUAUUUAAACAGUAUGAGGAAAAAAUAUGUAGUGGGAAAUGGGUUUGAGUUUAGUGCAGAAAGUGGGUCAGGGAAAAAAUCUAAAGACUUAAGGGUGAGGAAAGAGGAUACAGAGACUACUUACAGCUGAAAUGUUACUAGACUUGAUUACCUAAGAAAAUAAGAGUGGCCACGUGAAUGAAAAAGCAAACUAGCCUAUUUAUGUAAGAAGAAACUAAAAUUGAAGUGACUGGUUUCAAAAGAAUCACUGAAAUUGGUACUCCUCGUACAUGUAAGUAAAAUAGGGAUUACUCUUAAGAUAACGAGACGUUUCAUUGGAAAAAGCAUUGAUGCGGAAACUAUCACCGUUGCAGUAAUUAUUAAACAGUAAUAACUGUGGGGCCCCAAGCAGCAUAUAAGGAAAACUGGUAGAAACACAAUUAGAAAUAGGUGAAACCACUACUGUAUGUACUGUCCACAGCAUUGCACUCUCAGAAUUUCAGACCAUGUGCUGACAGCUGACCUUCCCUUCUGCUUGUGUUCCUUCAGUGCCUUGCCUUUGGUAGGUGGUUGAGAUAUGCUGGUUGAAUUAAUGAAUAUGUAGUCAAGUUAGGCUGGAGUAGUAAGGUAGAGUGAUGUGGUGUGAAAUUGGCAAAUCUUUAUAGUUUUUGGUGCAUACAGGCAAAGAAAUAUGUAACAAAUAUUGGCCGUUUGUUACUAAUAGGAGUGACUUCAAAAUGAAGAACCAGAAUCCCCAAAUCUUACUAGCGGGGAUAUUCCUAAAAAGUCAAGGGACAUCUUUAUACAAGAAGCUUUCCUGAGCUAGGUGAGGAAAACCUGAUAUAAUUUCUGGUGCCAUAAAUAACACUGUAAGCAUGUAUGGACCAUGCAGCUUCAUUUGGAUAUUGGAAAGACCUGAGGGGGAGGCGGCAAAGGACCUGGAGUGCCAGCGUCUUCCAGGUUCUCUUCCUGAGCGUUUUCUUCAAGAAGCUGCUUUCCCCUUGUCCUCCUCGUAGUUAACCUCGAUGUCAUGGAAUCACCCUUCACAAAGUGCAGGUUUUCUUGAGGUUGCAUAAUUCUCAGAUUAUGCUCAUGCCAUAGUUAUGUUAAAAAAAAAAAAAAACAACCAUUGUAUUUAAGGUACAGUUUUUUGUAACAGUACUUUAUACCUUACACUUUUUUCUCCUGGAAAGAAAAUGUGGAGUGUUACAGUCCAUAGCGCCUUUCUUUGCAUUAAUCCGUGUUUCCUACCUUUGUGUGUUUUAUGUAAAUAAUACACUUAUAAGGUCUUCCACUGAAAACACCGAGGCAGUUGAUGCCCUUAUAAUAAUAAUUGUGGAGAAUCCUAGAUCUUCAUGUUUUCCCCACUUUUACAGUUGUCUGAUCCAUGCUUUGAAGUUUUUUUUUUUAAACAGGUAGUCUUAUUUUCCAGAACUUUUUAUUAUGAAAUGUUCAAAUAUACAGAAAAGUUAAAUAAUAAAAUGAGCUAUAUAUAUCCACCUAGAUGGAAAAAUUAA